GUGGCGGUCAUGUGGGGCUCGAUGGAGAUGCCGAGGGCGUGGAGUUGCAUUAACCUUCCUUGCAUAACAUGAUCAGCUGCGGAGAAGUGAUCUUUGACUACUAGCUGAAGGCCUCUAAGGUGAAUUUGGAUGAUAGUAUAAACUAGAGUUCAUUAUAUUUCCUUCCCUUAUCUACCCAGUGGUAUCCCAAAAGUAUUUGACGAUCAGUUGGUUCAGAGACAUUUUGAGCUUCGAGCAUGGGUCAAAGUGGGCAGAAAGUGUGAAUCCAGUGAAAUUUUACGAUGCAUUCUAGCUCAAGUGCAUCCCGACAUUCGAGAACGAGUGCUUACCCGAGGAGACGAUGAUGAUGGCGAGAAAUUAGUUGGACUCUUGCAAAUGAGAUUGAAGAGCAAGAAAUGUCUCAUUGUGUUGGAUGAUGUAUGGGAAUGGAACACGCGAGUAUUGGAAAACUUGGAAAAAAAGUAACGUCCGAGUCUUGCUUACAAGCAGGAAGAGGAUUAAAGCAUCUUCAUUUCUAGAACUACGAUUGUUGGAUGAAGAAGAAAGUAAGAAAUUACUUGGUGAGAAGUUGUUCGGUGAAGAGGGAUUCCCUGAUCAGCUUAAAGAAUUGGGAAAAAAGAUUGCCUGCAAAUGUGAAGGUCUUCCACUUAUGAUAGUCACGGUUGCAGAGCUUCUAUCCAAAGAAGACAAGACCCUACAAUACUGGAGUGAGAUAUACGAGAAACAACAUAAUUCAGUCUUCGUAGAUGCAUAUAAUCAAAUAUUAGAGGUACUUUCCCCAAGCUAUGACUACUUACCUCAAUAUUUUAAAAUGCUUUUUCUCUAUUUGGGAGCUUUCCCUCCAUAUAGUGAUAUUGAUACAAACGAGCUUUUCAAUCGGUUGAGUGCUGAAGGGUUUCUUGAAACAAUUGGAAACCAAACCGUAAGUGAUUUUAUUCAAAAUCGCUUGGCGGAGCUUGCUGCAUUGUACAAUCUUGUUAUAUUCAAAUUCAAACCAGGAUCUUGGUUUUCAAAGAGAGAGUUUCGCGUGCACUCUUGCUGGCAGCACUUGUGCAAGAAAGAAGCUAGUAGGAUUAAGUUUUUGCAUGUUGUGCAAAGUUACGAUGAUGUUAUGAAAGACCAGCGUCGGUUGUGUGCUCAUUGCAACACUUUAUUUGCCUUCAAAGAAGUGUAUGAUUCAAUAAAAAGUGAAUGUGCCUCGACGACCCGUUCUUUACUCUGUUAUGGUCCUAGCCACCAAUAUCCAGUGCCAUUACAUGCCAUGGAUUUCAAGUUGCUCAGGAUACUAGAUGCUUGUAAAGUCCGAUUUUACCAUAUUCCACUUGAAAUUUUGAAACUUGUUUGUUUAAAAUACCUUGCCCUUACUUGCAACAAAGAGCUUCCUAUAUCCAUAUCCAACCUUUUUCACCUUCAAUUCUUGAUUAUUAAACGACAUAUAAACAUAAGAAAGCGUGGAGGUCAGUCCUAUAUGCCGAUGGAAAUAUGGAAUAUGCAAGAGCUACAGCAUAUUGACAUCUUCGGAAUAGACCUACCAACUCCUAAUUUUGAUGCUACUUUGGACAAACUCACCAGCCUUUUUGGUGUGAGUGCAAAGAGUUGCACUGGAGAAAUUCUCAAAAGAAUCCCUAAUUUAAGAGCCUUAGCAAUUCAGAUGGAGUUGAAGCCUUAUGAUGAUGAUGAUGAUGCUGAUGAUAACAACCCAUUGAGUGACUUGGGUAAUAUCUCAAAAGAACUCCAAAAUUUGAUGGGACUUGUAUUUGUUGUAUAAACUAGAGUUCAUUAUAUUUCCUUCCCUUAUCUACCCAGUGGUAUCCCAAAAGUAUUUGACGAUCAGUUGGUUCAGAGACAUUUUGAGCUUCGAGCAUGGGUCAAAGUGGGCAGAAAGUGUGAUGAUGCCAACCCAUUGAGUGACUUAGGUUAUAUAUCAGAAGAACUCCAAAAUUUGUUGGGACUUGUAUUUGUUGUAAUCAAUCCUGACAUGAAGUAUGAGUGUACGACUCCUCUUUCAAUGUUCCCAUCAAGUCUAACAAAUUUGACUUUGGGUGGCUUAGGGUGUCCAUGGAAACACAUGAAUGACAUUGGUUUGUUGUUACCAAAUAUAAAGAAGCUUACUUUACAAGGAUAUGCCUUUCGAGGCCCAGAGUGGGAUAUAGAAUCAAGGUGUUUUCUGAAUCUGGAGACACUUGUGAUUGAAGACACCGAUUUGGUUCAAUGGAGGCCUCAACAUGGAAGCUUGCCUAGGCUUGAACUCCUAAGCAUACGACAUUGCUACAAAUUACGACAAUUCGAUUGGACUCGUGAUCCAUCCAUGGUCCAAACUACAAUUGAAUUAGUUGAGUGCAGUCCCUUAGUUAUCCCUUCUGCCAAGCUAUUAAGACCGAGAUCUCUCUUUAGAGUUCGCUGCUACUCUUCAUUUUGAGAUGAGGUCUCGUAGCUAGACUCUCAAUUUGGUUAACAGGUUGAGUUGCAUUAACUUCCCCUGCAUCAGUUUAUAUCAUGAGACCGGCCAACGCUCCACACCAUGCCUCCUCGCUCUCAACCCAACGAAGAUCUUUCCAGUUGUCUAAGGUUUCCUGGAGUUUUACGACUCAAUCAAAAUUGUGUUUCUGGUUGUCUGAUGAGGUAUUGUUGAGGUUUCCCAAGAUUACUUUUCAGUUUGUUAUUGCAAUAAAUAAUCAGAGACAAGGAAUAUUUAGAUAUGCCUACAAACAUGAUUGAAUGUUUAGACCUUAUGAAUUUUUUUUUCAUGUACAAUUUUGGUGUAGUACUUAUUUCAUUUUCA